CAUAAUUCUUUACUUUUUGGUGUUAUUAGAAAAAAAGUCAAAAGCCAAAAAAAUGGAAGGAGACGGUACUGAAAAUUCAGAAAAGAAGUCUUUUUCAGGAAUACCAGAAGCAAUAUUCGUGGACAAUGUAGACGAGUUUAUGAAUUUACCGGAAAAUUCAGAAGGUGUUGAAAAAGUCCUUAGAAGACUGGAUGAACAACAUGGAAAGUAUAAAUUUAUGGAAUACACAUUAAGCGCUAAAAGGAGGCGGCUCCGACAGCAAAUCCCCGAUUUAGGUAGAUCGCUCGAAAUGAUUGAGAAACUGAGAGCCCAAAAGGAGAACGUCGAAACACAGUUUUUACUCAGUGAUCAAGUUUUUGUUAAGGCUGAUAUACCACCCACAGAAAAUGUAUGUUUGUGGCUUGGAGCUAAUGUCAUGUUGGAGUAUACAUUAGAAGAUGCAGAAAACCUACUCACAACAAAUAUGGCCACUGCAAAGAAAAAUCUUGAAUGUGUUGAGCAUGAUUUGGACUUUUUGAGAGACCAAUGGACAACAACAGAAGUGAACAUGGCUAGAGUUUACAACUGGGAUGUGAAGAGGCGGCAAGCUGCAAAAGCAUCCAGCUAAUAAACCAGAUGCACAAUGAGUUGAUAUACUGGACUGCCAAUACAUAGCUUCAAAAUCUUUGCAAAUGUUUUCAAAUUAAUUGUCUUAAGUUUCUAAAUUUUGUAUUAUUAACUUAACUGUUUGUAAAAUGACAUCUAUUUUAAAAGCCUGUGUCACAAGUGAAAUGAUUUUGGUAUUUUUAAUAUUUAUAAAGUUCGCUCUUGUGGGCUUCAAGCUUGUAUUGAUGAUGUCAUAUAUUUUGUCUUUGUUCUGAAAUUGAGGUACAUAUAGGUAUAUAUUAUGUUAAAUUGUUAAUGCAUGAAAGGCAUAAUGAAACAAUAAACUUCACUGCUUUAUACUCAUGUAUUCUCAAGUACUGGAAAUAUAGCAAUAAUAUAUAAUAAAAUAAAAACUACUUUUUUAGCAAUCAAUUUAGCCUUUCUAGGCAAUAAAUAGAGAAGAAAAUAAUUGUUAGAACAAUAUAGAAAUACAUAUUAAUAAUGCAUAAGUAGCAACACAUUUUUUAAAAUAUGUUAUCUAAUUUCAGUUAUAUGUUUCAUUUUAUAUUUAGCCAAGCAUAUACUCACUAAAUUAGAGAAUGUAUACUAUUUUAAUUCAUUAUUGAACACUAAAAUAUUAACAAAAAUAAUGUGGCUUCUCAAUUUAGUAAUGCUAUAAAUGCAUUAUUCAAUUUUGAUGUGGUAUUCAUUUUACUUCCCAAAUAAUAUAAAAACCAAACACAAA